AUGGUGGACAUUUGGGUACAUCCGAGGCAUGGGGGCCUGCAGGAGAUGAUCUUGAAAGAGAGGAAGUGGACAGCAAAAGCUAUCGAGCAGCGGCGCACCAUGCAAAAGGACGAGAAGGAGGCGGAGGUGAAGAUCGUCAAGGCGGCAUCGCGCCCAAAUGUUUCUGCGGGCGCAGGCUCUACGAAGCCCACGAUGGAGACAGCUUCUCUGCUAAAGUCGCGGAACGGCUGCUUGCUGCCGGCAAACGUCUCCUGUGGACCCGCAGCUUACUACACUGGCUGUGGCCGCUACAUACGCUGA